GCGCGAAGACAAAACCACUGCAUUCACCCAGCACUGUGGGGCCACCGGGAAGGUAAAAACAUGGCCCAUUUCCCCGGCUAUCCCCGGUAUUCCCCCGGACCUGGUGGGGGGGGCAUGGUUACAAUUGACUGGUGCAUAAAGGGAACCAAAUGAACAUGCGGAUUAUUGUGUCGAAGAAAAAAGGAUUGAGUGUUGAUGAAAAACGGCACAGAAUGAUGGAGUUCUUCUAUGAAAAGAAAGACUUUUUCCAGCUGAAGGAACUUGAGCGGCAGUGUCAGAAGGAGAAAGGGAUCACCUCAAUGUCUGUAAAGGACAUCCUCACCAGCCUGGUGGACGAUGGUAUGGUCGACACAGACAAAGUGGGCACCUCUGUCUACUUCUGGGCCUUUCCCAGCAAGGCCAGUCAGAAUCGUCAAAGAAAGAUUGAUGAUCUCGAGGGUCGUUUGGCAGAUAUGACCCAGAAGCAUUUGGCAUUGAAGGCUGCAGUGGAGCAGGCCAGUCUUGGCAAGGAGGAAUCGGAUGACAGAACAAAGAUUCUGACAGACUUAAGUGCUGUUGAAAGUGAGAGGUCGCGGCUGGCUGGAGAGCUGGAGCGUUACCGAGAGUGUGACCAAGAGGUUGUGGAGGAGGUCAAACAAAACUCACAGAUCGCUAGGGAGGCAGCAAAUCGGUGGACAGAUAAUAUAUUUUCAACGAAAUCCUGGAUAAAGAAAAAAUUCUCGUUUGAUGAGUCCGUCAUCAACAAACAAUUUGAAAUCCCAGAAGAUUUAGACUACAUUGAAUAAAAUCACAUUGUAUGUUUCAAACCACUAACUGUUAUUAUUAGAUAUCUAAUUAUUUGUGUGCAUUUUGUUCAUUACAGUGUUAUGUACAAAUAAAUGAAAGUAUCAUGUUUGAGUUCAA